CCCGCCACAAACAAGAAAAUGGCUCGGGCUAGCUAAGAUAUUUUUGGACGAGCAUUUACGCCAUGCAUUGAGGUAGUAAAUAUACAAUUGCUAUUAAAGUGCUGACUAAUCAUUCACGACCAUGACGGCAGCAAUCCAUGAGCUGCUCUCCUCCGUAAUGGCGGUUUUAGUUGAAAGUGUGGUGUCGGAGUUGAGCAAACAUCUUUCUGACUUCACCUCUGUCUUAUCAGAGGAGUUAAAGUGCAACAAGGGCGGGACUGUCAACAAAAAUAAACUCAAGCAGGCGAAUCAAGCCAAAACUAAGGAGUUUUCAGCAUUCAUGGAGAUGUUGAGUAAAGCAACAGUAGAGACCAUGGUAAAGCUGAUUUAUGAUCGCAUUACAGCUCAAAUACUUGAAGCUACAGCAAAGUUGCAGCUCUCAAAACAAGACACGUCAAAUGAGGGUGAAGCAGCCACAUCUGAGCCUGAUAGUGUGCCUUUGGAGCUUGCAAAGAACAAUGUUGAUGAAGUGGAAACAGAGCAUCAUGACGUUGACUUUGGACAUGCGGCAAAUAAUCAGUACCAACAGCUUUCCUCUGCACAGGCAGUAAAUCUAGUGGGGAGUUCAGGUGAAAGCCAACCUUCUACAAGCACAAAUGUGGCUGCAGUAGAGAGGCAGGAGCCUUUAAUUUGUGACUCCUGUGGAAUGUCUUUCAACGAUGUGGCCUUGUUGGACAUUCACUAUGCUUUACACAAAGAAAGACCUUUCAAUUGUCUAACAUGUGGGAAUUCUUUCAAAAUGAUGAAAUGCUUAAUGAAACACCAGAGAUUUCACACAAUUCCGGAUUUAAAUAUUGAGUUUGAAACUCUUCACGAAGAAUUUGUUGUGCAGCUCGAAACAUGUGAUGCAGUCGAUCCAUCUAUGGAAACAAUUGAAGUGACCACUCAAAGCAUACUCCAAAAUAACUACGACAAUGAAGACGAAUCAUGUGCUUACUUUGAAACCAGUCAGGAUGUAAACGAAUCACUUGUGCAAGGUUUAAAUAUCAUCAUCGAGAACGCAAACAUUCAGCCUGACAUUACCUCCAACACGAAUAUAAUAAAGCAAUCGAACGAUGGUUUGUUCCGAUGCAAAACCUGCGGGAAGUGUUUUGAACUUAGGUGGAAGUUCAUUAACCAUGUUCGAGCUCAUGUUAAACAUUAUAAGUGUUCCUACUGUGAUAAGCGUUUUACCAUGAGGAGCUGCCUCAUCAGACAUGUAGCAAUGCACACUGGAGCUCAGUUAUUCAAAUGUGAUAUAUGUUCCAAGUCGUUCGUAUUUCAGGCCUCUCUGGAGAAGCACAAGCGUCUACACACAGCAGAGAAGACAGUUACUUGCCCCAACUGUCAGAAGAUUUUUCCUGGCAAGCGCUCUUACGGUAGACACCGGUGCAGAGCACUCGAAAAGCUUCACAGCUGCCCUGUGUGUGACAAGCAGUUCAAAAUUAAACAAAACAUGCUUGAUCACCAAACGCUGCACACUGGAGAGAAGCCGUACUGCUGCGAGGUAUGUGGUGCAUUUUAUAGUUGUGAGAGAUAUCUGAAAAAUCACCAGAAGAGUCACAUUGAGAAAACGUACGAGUUCGGAUGUGACCUCUGUGACAAGCGAUUCAGUGCUCGAAAGCAUUUGCAAGCACAUAUGCUUGUGCAUACGAGGGAGAAACGGUAUGCGUGUGACGUCUGCGACAAGAAGUUUGCCACCUCUGGAAAUCUCAACAGACACCGAGCAGGUCAUACAGGAGUGAAGCUGUAUGGUUGUCCUAUAUGUUUGAAGAGGUACACCACUGCAUACGCUCUAAAAAUUCACACACAUAAACACACUUCAAGCAAACCGUUUCUUUGUGAUAUUUGUGGGAAGGGAUUUACCAGUUCAGACUACAUGAAAAGGCACAAGCGAAUUAUUCACAUAGGAAGGAGAGAUUGUGUCUGUUCAAUCUGUAAUAAGGCUUUCAUCUUCCCCAGUUCACUUAAUCAACACAUGCUUGUACAUACAGGAGAGAAGCAUCAUGAAAGAUUAGUCAGUCCUUUGCUGAAGAAGUUCAGUUGCGAUCAUUGUCCAAAGAAAUUCUAUUCUCAAGCUGCACUCACAGUGCACCAAAGGGUUCACACUAAAGAAAAGCCUUACAGUUGUGAUGUAUGUGGAAAGAGCUUUGGGUAUGCAAGCAGUAUUCAAAUGCACAUGAGAAUCCAUACGGGGGAGAGGCCUUUUGGUUGCGAUGUAUGCGGUAAGACAUUCAAUCAGGCUGUACAUCUGAGGACCCAUCAGAGAGUACACACUGGGAUGAAAUCAUUCAGUUGUGAGAGCUGUGGAAAGAACUUUGUGGACCAGAGAAACCUGAAACAACAUAAAUGUAAAUACACCAUGUAAAUACUUCAGUAGCCGUUACCUUUAUGCAAAACCAAAGGAUACACUGUAAAACAUGUUAUGUAUCUUCUGUUCAGGGCUAUUAAAUAGUUAAUUAAAUGCAUAGCAUUAUAAUGUUAAUAGGUAAUGAUCUAUAGUGUCUUAGGGAAGAAAAAUGUAAUGAGAUCAUACAUUUGUGCAUUUUUAAGGUGUUAAAGGUUUAGUCCAUUAAACUCCAGUGGUUAAAUCUAUGUCUUCUGAAGUGAUCCAGUCGGUUUUGGGUGAGAACAGACCAAAUGUACCAAGUCUCCUUGGUGGUCAUGAUUUCAAGCUUGAUUUCACUUCCUAUAGCGCUAGAUGGCGCUCUGAGCAAGCGUCAAGCACUAGUAAGUGUAAUCGAGCUUGAUGUCAUGAUCGUGCUUAGAGACUGCAAUGCCAAAAUGUACUGUGAAAAGGUUGGAAAAAAAAAAAAGUUUGGUCUGUUCACACCCCAAAACCAACUGGAUCACUUCAGAAGAUAUUGAUGAAACAACUGGAGUCUUAUGAAUUGCAUUUAUGCUGACUUUAUCUCCUUUUUGGAGCUUCAAAGGCCUGGUCACUAUUCACAUGCAUUGUAGGGACCUACUCAGCUAGGUCCCUACAACCUUAAUUUAAAUUAAAAUGUUAAUUUGUGUUCAGAAGAAAAUCAUCCACAUCUGGGAUAAGGCAUAAGGGUGAGUAAAUGAUGGGAUAAUUUUCAUUUUUGGGUGAACUAUCACUUUAACAAUUAUAUUUUCUAACAAAGGCUGGAAGCAAUUGUGUUUGAUUGCAAUAAACAUCAUGAA